AUGCAGCUCAUCCGCCUUCACGGUGGAUGGUCAGAGCAGGCAGAGGGCGGUCCACUGUACGUGGUCAUGCUGGGAGCAGAAGGUCUCCUGCAUUUAGUGAUUGGGCGUCGCCAGGCGAGGGAGAAGGGUUUCAAGCUUCUAGAUAUGCCCUACGAUAGCAGAGGCUGCUACGCUGUGCCUCUAGAGGAAGGCGACGGAAUGUUGGAUCUUGACGUCAAGACGAUUCCAGACGUCCUGUCUCUUUACGUUUAG